GUCAAUGUCAAUUGUCAUUCUUGCCUGGUCUCUUGCAUUUUGCAACUCAAUUUUUUUUUUCUUGAAAACAAAAACAAAGAAAUUAUUUAGCUUUAUUAUAUUUAUUAUCAAAAAAAGUACAGCGAAAGAUGGAUCUACUGCAAAAGCAUCUGAAAAGUAUCAAAAUUCCCUAUCAGCAGGAUAAAGUUCACAAAGACGAAUGCGUAUACUCCUUCGAUAAUCCAGAAACCGAGACUGGCUUAUAUGUAAGCUUAACUAGCUUCAUUGGACUAGGCAAGGAUCACAUAGAAAGGCAUUUUCAAAAGACUGGAGAGGCUGUGUAUUUGCAUUUGAGGAGAGAAAGGCAUGAGAUAUCUACUCCACCUCAGGGCGAUGGACCUGAAAAGAAAAUUACUCGUCUAGCAAUCGGAGUGGAAGGAGGGUUCGAUCCGGACUCGAGCAAGAAGAAAUUUGAGUUUGAAGAUUUCUAUAAAAUCACUAUUUUACCAUCGUAUACCAGCAUCGACUGGCCUAAUGAGGAUUUACCAGAAUUGGUCAAACUAUCAGUAAAAUCUUUAUUGGAUCUUCCGUCUGCCAGUAAAUUAGCAGAACUUGAAGCUCUAAGUGGUACAUGGGAUGGGGAAUCUACUCAAGUUUCAAAACAUGCCCAGAGUUUGGUACAGUUGGAUAAUGGAAAGAAAAUUGCUCCGACAGGAUGGAAAUGCGAAAAAUGCGAUAAAACUGAAAACCUUUGGCUAAAUUUGAGUGAUGGUUCUAUCCUAUGUGGACGAAAAUUUUUCGAUGGUUCGGGGGGCAACAACCACGCAGUGGAGCAUUAUAGUCGGACAAAUUAUCCUCUUGCAGUCAAAUUAGGAACAAUUACCAAAGAUGGAAAAGCCGAUGUUUUCAGUUAUAGUGAAGACGACAUGGUCGAGGAUCCUUUAUUGGCUCAACAUCUAAUGCACUGGGGUAUAAAUAUUGCCGAAAUGGAAAAAACCGAAAAGUCUAUGGUAGAAUUGGAACUAGAACUAAAUAAAAAAUCAAACGAAUGGGCAAUGUUGUGUGAAAGCGGCGGCCAGUUGAAACCUAUUUACGGUCCAGGGUAUACUGGUAUGCAAAAUAUGGGCAACUCUUGUUACCUUAAUAGCGUUAUGCAGGCUCUGUUCAGGAUACCAGAUUUUAUUCAUAAAUACUAUGAUGGAAGCGAAGGAAUAUUUCAACGUGCACCAACUGAUCCUGCUGAAGAUUUCAAUACUCAAAUGGCGAAAAUAGGAGUGGGAUUACUGUCAGGAAAAUACUCAAUUCCUCCUCCUGCAGGUUCACCGGUUGAUGCUGAUCCAUCUGGUAUCACUCCUCUGAUGUUCAAAACUGUUGUAGGAAAAGGUCAUCCGGAAUUUUCAACAAAAAAACAACAGGAUGUUCAAGAAUUUUUACUCCAUAUCUUUACUUUACUUGAAAGGCACAAUGUAAAUACGACAAAUCCCGGAGAUUGUUUUAAAUUUGAAGUAGAAGAAAGAUUUCAAUGUAGCCAAAGUGAAAAAGUGAAAUAUUUGACUCGCAGUGAACUUUGUUUAAGUCUAAAUAUUCCAAUGGAUGCAGCAAUCAACAAAGAAGAAGUUGCAGCUUAUAAGGCUCAGCAACAAGAAGCAGAAGCUCAAGGCAAAAAAUUGGACCCUGCGUCUAUUGUUAGACCCAAAAUCAAGUUUUUCUCGUGUUUAGAGUCUUUGACUCAAUCAGAAGUUAUCAAUAACUUUUUUAGUUCGGCAAUGAAUGGGAGUGUGAUGGCCAGGAAGACAACUCGGCUAAGUACAUUCCCAGAUUACUUAGCAAUACAACUGAAGAAGUUCACAUUGAGAGAAGAUUGGGUUCCCAUUAAAUUGGAUGUGUCCAUAGAAAUGCCCGAUACUCUCGAUAUAUCGCUAUUGAGAGGCAGAGGGCCGCAACCCGAGGAAGAACUCUUGCCCGAGUUAGCACAACAAGUUCCCGAGCCCAAAUUUGAUCAGGCUAUCCUGGAGCAACUUCAAGAUAUGGGUUUCCCUCUUGAAGCCUGUAAACGGGCUAUACACCAAACCCACAACUCCGGCUUGGAAGAAGCCACCGCCUGGAUGAUGGAACACAUCGCGGAUUCCGAUUUUGCUGAUCCAUUCAUUCCACCUGGAACAGAAUCCGCUUCCGCUUUCGUUCCGAAUGCAGUAGCUCUAGAAACUAUCAUCGCGAUGGGAUUUACUGCCGAACAGGCAACUAAAGCCCUCAAGAAUACUGAUAACAACGUAGAAAGAGCGAUGGAUUGGAUAUUUUCACAUGUCGACGACAUGGAUACUGAGGAAAGCAACGCAGGAUCUACCACUGUAAAUUCGCAACAAAAUUUAAAGUUUAGGGAUGGAGAAGGAAAAUACAAAUUGAUAGCUUUCAUUUCACACAUGGGCACGUCGACGAUGGCAGGCCAUUAUGUCGCCCAUAUUUUAAAGGAGGGCCAAUGGGUCAUUUUCAACGAUAGUAAAGUGGCUCUGUCCGAACAUCCGCCGAAGGACUUGGGCUAUGUUUAUAUCUACGAAAGAUUAGAGAAUUGAUUCAUAUUAAAUUGUCUACAAAAGAUUGAUUGUAAUUGAUAUAUAGAAAAUAAAAACAGAUUUGAUACGAGACAA